GAGCGGAGGGGCCGCGGAGACGCGGCAGGGAGGCGAGCGGGGUGUAGAGGAGGAGCCGCGAGCCCGGAGGCGGCGGGCAGGGCGCCGCCGGGGCCGGGAGCUGCGGGCCGCCGGCGCGGCGCGGAGGGCAGGUGCGGGAGCCGCCUCCAGCCGCAGGGCGGCGGCCGCCCCCGGGGCGGGGGGGCUCGGCGCGGCGCCCCGGCAGCGCGGCGGCCCCUAUGGUGCCGCGCCGGGACCCGGCUCCUGCUCGGCGGCUUCGGCGGAGCCCGCCGGCGCUCGGCGGGCAUGAGGCACCUGCCGCUCCUCCUGCUGUCCCUCUGCUGGAGCCUGGCGCGGGUGAAUGGCGUCCAUCCAGAAUGCAGAUUUCAGCUGGAGAUUCAUAAGGAGGAAAUGAGGUGCAUGGAGCUCCUAAAGAAUGCCAAACCAGUGGACUACAGAGGAUGUGUUGGAGUUUGGGAUAACAUCACCUGUUGGCGUCCUGCUAAGCUUGGAGAGACUGUCACUGUCCCUUGUCCAAAAGUAUUUAGCCUUUUUUCGGGCAAACCAGGAAAUAUUAGCAAAAAUUGUACGAGUAAUGGAUGGUCAGAUAUUUUUCCUGACAUUCUAAGCACCUGUGGAUAUAAUGACUAUGAGGAUGACUAUAAGGUCAACUUCUAUGUAAGGGUGAAAGCAAUUUAUACCCUUGGACAUAGUGUUUCUCUGAUCGCUCUUACAACAGGAAGUAUAAUUCUUUGUCUUUUCAGAAAACUUCAUUGUACUCGGAACUACAUCCAUCUGAACCUGUUCCUCUCUUUCAUUCUAAGAGCAAUCUCUGUUUUAGUCAAGGAUGAUAUUCUCUAUUCCAGCUCCAACACAGCUCACUGUCCAGAGGAUCAAACCUCAUGGGUGGGCUGCAAGGCUAUUUUGGUAUUUUUUCAGUAUGGUGUUAUGGCAAACUUUUACUGGCUCUUAGUUGAAGGACUUUACCUCCACAUCCUCCUUGUGCUAAUAUUCUCCCCCAACAGACAUUUCACAGUCUAUCUGCUGAUUGGAUGGGGAAUUCCUACCAUAUUCAUUAUCACGUGGACAGUGACACGAAUCAUUUUAGAGGACACCGGUUGCUGGGAUACAAAUGAGCAUGGUGGUCCCUGGUGGGUUAUACGAAUACCAAUUUUAAUUUCUAUUAUAGUGAAUUUUAUACUUUUCAUUAGUAUUAUAAGAAUCUUACUGCAGAAAUUAAGAUCUCCUGAUGUUGGAGGAAAUGACCAAUCACAGUACAAGAGACUUGCAAAAUCCACGUUGUUGCUUAUUCCAUUAUUUGGAGUUCACUACACAGUAUUUGCUCUAUUUCCUGACCGCAGUUCCAAUAACUAUAAAAUAAUUUUUGAGUUGUGUUUGGGAUCUUUUCAGGGUUUGAUUGUCGCAGUCCUGUAUUGCUUUUUGAACAGUGAAGUGCAAGGGGAGCUGAAAAGGAAAUGGCGGAGUCUGUGCUGGAAGCAGACAGCAGGCAGAGAUUACAGACUCCACAGCUCUUCGAUUUCCCGAAAUGGAUCAGAAAGCGUUUCUCAGCUCCAUCGGCAUUCCAGGGCUCAGUCUUUUAUGCAGACAGAGACCACCAUGAUAUAAAUCAGCUCGUUUUCCCAAAAGAUGAAACAAAAAACUGUGGGAUAUGUCAUUCAUUACAUGGCUUGAUGUGAUAUUUUCUAAAAUGUACAGUUUAGUGCUUUGCUUUUCUACAUCCUGAUAUUAGGGAAAUUGUUUUUUGCAGCCAACCAGGUAAUAACAGAGACACCUGCCUCAUGGAUGCUUUGUGCUUUUUUUUAUGCCAUUCAUAUUAAUUCUGAUGUUCUCUUGUUAUUCACUAGCCAUAACUAUUUAAAAACUAAUUUACUAUAGCGAUUCCUUUCCCCUUCAAUCUGUCUAUGAGUUGAACAGUACCCUUGUCAAUCCAGACUGCUUUGGUACAUAUGAAAGUUUAAAUGGGAAGCAAGAAAAUUCCUUACACUUUAUUUAUACUUAAAAUAAUAUUCCUUUCCUUAAGGAUGUAGGCACUAAUUAUGGAAAAGAAAAGCAAAAUAAAGAAAUGUAAGGCUAUAAUUAACCACAGUGGGAGUAUAGUGUAGUACAUUAAUAUUAUUUUAAAAAAAUAGAACUUCUUGGCUAAUUGUAUAAAUCCUCAUUCAAUUUGGAGAUGACUUUCUACAGAGCUUGAUUCCUAUCCUGCUGUUCCCCCAGAAGUGCCUGUUUUUUAGGUUUUGGUGCAGAAAGUAGGGCUAUCUUUGCAGUCCAUAUAGAAAAGCCUGCUGUAAUAGUUAUGAUUAAAACAUCACCAUUUGCCAAUAGUACUAUUGUAGUCACCAGCUCUACUGCUCUGUUUAAAAUGCAAGAGAUUUGUGUUGAUCUUAUAUUAAACAAUUUCUGAAGAGGUGCUUUAUCGCAAGAACAGUCUGGCAUAGGAUAAACAGCCUUGGAUUGCCUAUUACCCACUGAAAAUAUUGUUUUCAUAUAAUAUUUUCAUUAAAAUGUGUCUCUAGAACUAUGUCCUUGAGAGUUAAAACAGAAAAUAUUGUAAUAAAGUUAAAAAUCCCAUUUAAGGAAUAAUGUAAAUAUUUUAGCUUAAUUCCAUUUGGUGUCUGAGCUGAUUUAAAAUUUAGUCAUGGACAUGAGUCUAGCAAAAAAAUUAGACACAAUCCCCCAAAAUUACCAUAAAAGGCUUAAAUUGCAAGAAUUUUCAGCAGCAUCAAGCCUCUUAUGUAGUCACUUUGUAAAAAAUGACAUAGAACUGACAAGUUCUUAUAAAUAUGCAAAGAACAUUUGCAAUUUUAAAAGAAAUAAAUCCAGUUAUGUUUACUUCUCAUGUCACAGUUGACCAUGUCCACUCUAAAUAGUAAGUGUGAAUAGUAUAUAUUUACAUGAGUACCCUGGAUCCGUAAAGAGAAUUGCCCUGAUAUUUCAGAUAACAGAUUGUAUGGAGCUAGCAGAAUCCAAGGCCCCUAACGUUUCCAGGAACACGGGAGCAUGGCAGGAAGGAGGAUCCCUUGGCAGGCAUACAUGUACAUUCCUGAAAAUAUUGCCAGUACUGGGAAUAUUAUUGGAAGCUGUCAAAGUGUCCAUACACCUCUUGCUCUGUUUUACUUUACCUAUUUAUGGCUCAAACACCAUUUGUUUUAAUGAGAUUACCCUGAAGCGAUACAAAGUUAGGUAAAACCAAAGACAGAAAAUGCCCUAAUGGUCAUAUGAGUAGUACAGAGCUGGUAAUUCUAUGUAUAUUACAUGACACCUACCUUUAUGUAAUAGGUAUCAUUUGAGUUAAAUAAUAAUCAUUUAAUUCUUACUUUGCCAAGUCUGAUUUUAGGGCAGUUCUUGGUCACCUCCAGUCAUUCCAAGUGUUUUCUACUGUCACUUGGUGAAGUAACUGUGAUAUACUGGAGUGAACUACUUGCCCAGUGGGAUCUAAAGAUAGGACCAUACACCUGUAUUUAAACCUUAUAUACUAAAUAUUCCCAAAGACGUUAGACCCAGAAGCCAUUGCUGACCUUUAGUAUUUCUCUUGGAUCCUUGAACAACCCUAACAACAAACUCUUGACUGCAAAUAUGUAAAGAGACAUUGGAGUUUUUGAGGAGCUAUUCCUAAAUUAAAUACAUCUGUGCACUUCAGGCUUCUUCACGUGUCAUUGGGACUGCUCAGCUUCCUGCAAAUCGGAUCAUGUCUGGAUAUAUGGGACAGUAGUUUUCGAACGCAGAAUUAAUUUUAUUCCCCUGAAACCCAAAAGUGGAAAGACACACUUGACAAGCAUUCAGAUGGACUCAUCUUUAUGUUCAAAGGAGGUUCUGCAAGCGAGUUGAAACAAACAGAAUCAUGGUGUAGAAACAGAGGUUUCAAGCAAUCAGUUCCAUCAGCCUGUUCGGCAUGGUGCAUCGCCAAUUAUGUGUUUAGAAUUCAUUGUGUAUCCUAGAGAAAACUAUCUUUGCUUUAAUUAGAUGAGCACAGAGAAAAAUGUGCAUUUUAAUGAUUUCUGGAUUAUAAAACAGUAAAUCGUAAUUGAGGGAAUACAUUUUAAGGUGCAGCAAAAUAGCGUAGGCUUCUUUAGCACGGCAAAGAUGCAUUUGGACUUGCAAUCCAAAUCUGGAGAAGCAGUAUCUUUCUGUUCAUGUAGCAAGUGGUGCCAUAUGAGACAAUGAAGUUGCACCAGUGGUAGAACAAAAUUGGGAUCACUGAUUUUUCAAAUGACUUGCAAUUUCAGUGCCUGCAUGGGCAAGUGAAGAAUGGCACACAAGGGAGGAAGAGGCUUCAUAUGUUUUUCUUUCAAGCCAGAGAAAAGUGCGAUAAUUUGUAAAGCCUCAUCCCUCUAUUAAAAAUCAUAGAAUCUAAAUAUAGACAACAUUUUUUUCUGAGAUGACUUUACUUCAUAAUGCUUUGUACGAGUAUUUUCAAGUCCGCUGAGGCCCAGAAGGCAUGGUGCUCAUCAGUUUUUACUCCCAGAAAAUUCUGAUCUCCAAAGAAUUUUAUGCAAAGUUCCAGCAUCAACCCCAUCAUCAUGAGACCUGUUUGACUUUCAGCUGCCUUUGCACACACAGACACACAUCAUAUUGAAAUUUAUGCAAAAAAUGCAAAUCAGCUUGAUGAAUCUAGCACUUGAGCAAUGUUUUGCAUUUUUACAAUAUACCGAAACAGGAUAGCUUUUCCUGGCCUUGUCCCUCUGCAUUUUGCACCACUCUGUGGAGAUAAACUGUCUUGCACUGUGCUGUGGUGACUCUAGGAGUCAAAGGGACAAUGCAAGAAAGCAUCAUUUAGCCCUUUGGCAUCCUUGAGCACUGCUCUCCCUCAGUCCUUGCCGUGUCAAGGGAGGAGGCAGACGCAUCGAGGCAGGCCACAUGCUUUCCCCAGUGGCCUUUCACAUACUGCUCCUCCCUUUUUUUUUUCCUUUACAGUCUUUCUCCUUUUGGUUGUGUGAAGUACAAAACUGAGUUGUAAAAUCUUCAGGGCAGGAAACCUGGGUUUUUGUUCCCACUGAAAAGCCAGUAGUAUGUCAUGUGUGCUGUAAGAUUCCCGAACAAGAUCAGCAAUAGGCUUCGCUCUCAUGGUGCUUCGCUUCUCUUUGGCCUCUGGGGCAGCACCAUUCCUUGUGAGGGAUUUUGAUCAGCACCAUGUCCUGCUGAUACCUGUGGGAGAUGUGACGGGUUACUCCCCAGGUGCUAAUAAUGACCAGAAUCUAAAUAUAUAUAUUAUUCCAUUAGUUCACGUAAAUUUUCUCUGCAGAAUCGACUUCAGCUAGAAGCUUGAUAAACUCAAGUGAAAUUCGCCUAUCCUAAUUUAGGCAUUUAGAAGUUAGAUGUCAGUUUUUGAGCUACGGGCUCUUUUAUGGGCCUUCCAUAGUCAUCACAGAGAAACAGUCUGUAGUUUAAGAUGAUUCAUCCCAUUUCAGCUGGGCAUCUAAGGUAGGUAAACUGAAUCAUCCUCUCAAAACACUUUUUUUCCCUCUACUUAUAAAAUGAGCCCAGGAUAGCUAGCUAGGAUUUAGACUUCUCACUUUCUAUCUAAAAUUAGGUAAAAUUAAUCUCUUCUGUAGAGUUUAUGGCCAGAGGAGACCGUUAGGUUAUCUGGCUGAUCGAUUAUACCCAGAUAUCCCUUUUUAAGCCAAGUAAUUUGGAUUGGCCAAAGUUACCCUGCAGCAAAACAUGCAGGUUAAUUUAAAAACGCAGGCAGUGAAGUUCAUUUGGUAGGGUGUCCCAGCGGCUGACUGCCUCCCAUGGUAAAGCCUGCUGCCUUAUUGCCUGUUUGGAUUCGCCUGGAUUCAGCUUUCAGCAGUUGUUUCUUGCUUUGGAUUGGGUGUUUGGUUUUUUGUCUUCUGUAGAAGGAUCAUCUGCUAAACCGAAGUGCUCUUCAGUAUGAGACAUUGUCCUUACAUGGAGUCUCCUGCUGUUGAAGUCGCAUCUUGAGUCCCUCUCUGAGAAACUAAAGAUGUCAAAUUUCUGAAAUUCUUACUGCCAGGCAUUUUCUCAAAUAUUUUUCCUGAUUCUCUCCUGCACCCUGUUCCAUUUGUGACGGCUUCGGCCACAAGAAACAAAGAACUUAUCUCCCCCGUCCUUAGCAAUGUGGGGAACAUUAUUUUGGCCAUUGAAAGCAGUGCCUGCCUUUAAGGAAUGUUAGGAAUUUGGCAUAUAUUUCAGUAAGUAUUGUGUGCAAAGCUGGAGUGCACCUUUCACCCCGACAGCGCGGUGACGGGUGCUGCAGACAGCCGUGCGGUGGAACCGUACUGUAGCAGCAGAAGCUCAUCGGUGGCAAAAGGUGACAAAGGCAUGAGAAAGCUUUCUGGUGUCAAGGAGGAGACAGCCUGCUCCACUCUGCAGCAGCUUCUUCACAUCAUGGUACACCCCAGACAAGCUUUCCUCUGCCUUUGAAAUGACGAAAGGGAAAGCAAUGGCCACAGAGCAUCAGCAAAUCAGGCAGUCUGGGACUGCUAAUGAAAUAAGGCGUUUCUGAGUGCAAGUGUCUCUGAGCUUAAGGACUGAGAUGAUCAUUUCCAUUAUUUCUUUCCUAUUUUUGUGAGUUUUAAAAGAGUUUUGUUUUUUAAUUCACUUUAUACAGAUUUUUUUUCCCACACAUCUCUAAUGAAAACUAAACAUGUUUGAUAUGAGAAGUGAAACUGGCAAGCAACCUGCAGGCAAAGCUACUAUGGAUGUAAUGGGUAUUAUGGGAACAAUUAUGGUCUGUGCACAGUGAUACAGCUAAGGGUGUUACUAAAAAAAAAAGGUACCUUUACAUUACCAUGAGUGCCUAUAUAAGCUUUGGGCUGUCAGUACUACCCUGACGUAACCAAAUAGCAGAAGUUUGUAUACAGUGCUAUUUUGUUUAUUAAACAAAACAUAUUGAAAUAAUAAUGGAUUCUGCCAUGUGUGUUAUGAGGUUUUACCAUUGCAGACAGUAUGUAGUUAGUUCAAAAUCAGUAAUAUUUCUGUUGUCAGCUAAACCAGUGACCGAAAUGCCCUAAACUGCUUUAUUUCCCAAAGCACUGUAGUAAUUUUAUUAUAUGCUGCAACUUUUUUUCUGGAGCGUUAGUAUGAGUAUUGGUUUGAAAUUCUCUUUUGCCGUCUUUAUUGAUAACUUUUUGUUUGUCAAAUACAGUAAAAAUUUAAGAUGAUGUAAAUGAAUGUGAUAAUUUUCUACAAACUGUACAGACUAUGAUGUUGUAUAGAUUAAUGUGUAAAUAGAUUUGCUUUUCAUACUGUAAUCCAGUAUGCCUAUCCUUUGUUUUUGCUCUUUUUUUCUUUUUUGUUUCAUUUUAAUGUCACAUCCGUAACAGCCUUCUCUGUGAUGUGUUGUAUAUAAAACUGUGAACAAAUAAGCAUUUAUAUCUUCA